AUGGCUUUGCCCUCAUUGAGGAUAGCUUUUAUAGGCACCAUUUUGUGGGAUUGUGGUGGCCUCCUCCAAUGCAAGGCCUAUGGUACACCCCCUAACACCUUAGCCGAAUUCGCACUUAACCAAUACCUCAACUUGGACUUCUUUGAUAUAUCUUUGGUUGAUGGAUUUAAUGUGCCUAUGGCCUUUAAUCCUACUUCCAAAGGGUGCACCCAUGGCAUCAGUUGCACCGCUGACAUUGUAGGACAGUGCCCCGCUAAGUUAAAGGCCGCUGGUGGUUGCAACAACCCAUGCACCAUUUUCAAGACUGAUAAAUAUUGUUGCACUUUUGGGAGCUGUAGUGCUACAAGUUACUCCAAGUUUGUCAAGGAUAGGUGCCCUGAUGCUUAUAGGCCCCCUAAGGACGAUCAGAUAAGCACCUUUACAUGCCCUGCCGGGACCAAUUAUGAAGUUAUUUUCUGCCCAUAA